AGGGCAGGGCUCCCUCACCCUCACCUGAAUGAGGAAGUGAUGUAACUGCUGCUUCAAGAGGCUCGCUCUCAUCAUACAUGCUUUUAGGGACCAGCCAUCCACCAUGAAGAGCUACUGUGGAGGACUGUCCCAGAAGCAAGGUUUCCUGUUUUUGGCUGUGUUGACACUGAUCUUUAUUCUGCUCACCUUUGUUAAGGAGCCAAGCACAAAGGAUUCCAGGUACCAUUUUAUACAGAACAAUGAAUCAAGUCCACAAGAGAUUCUACAAAAGGCCAAACCUAAAGGACCCAUAAUGACACUGCCACCCAUAGUUCACAACAAGGAGACAACAUCUGUCAGGACAAAGGAGGUGGACCUGAAGAAACAGAAGAGAAAGGCAGCUGGAGGAGAGGGGGAGGAGAAGAGGAAGCUGGAUCCCAUAAGGCCAGCACCAGAGAAUCCUCAGAGCAAGGCAGAGCCUGCUGCAAAGACACCUGUUCCAAAACGUCUGGACAACCUAUCGAGAGAUACAGGAGCACUGUCAACAAGGAAGCAACCGAUGGCCACAGGAUCUGUCCCAGUCAAGAAGAAAGUGGUCCAGGCCACCUCAUCCCCUGCCUCUUUUCCACACCCCACCACACAAAAAAGCCAAAUGCUGAAGGCCUCUAACUUCAAGUCUGAGCCUCGGUGGGAUUUUGAGAAGGACUAUAGCAUGGAUGUGGGCAGCCUACAGACGACCUGCCCCGACUCUGUGAAGAUCAAGGCCUCCAAGUCACCAUGGCUACAGAAUCUCUUUCUGCCCAACAUCACUCUGUUCCUGGACUCUGGACACUUCACCCAGAGCGAGUGGAGCCGUCUAGAGCACUUUGCACCGCCCUUUGGCUUCAUGGAGCUCAAUCAGUCCCUGGUACAGAAGGUGCUGACCCGCUUCCCUCCGGUACUCCAGCAGCAGCUCCUCCUGGCAAGCCUCCCCACUGGGUACCUCACAUGUAUCACCUGUGCUGUAGUGGGCAAUGGGGGCAUCCUGAAUGAUUCUCGUAUGGGCCAAGAGAUAGACAGCCAUGACUAUGUUUUCCGACUGAGUGGAGCCGUUGUCAAAGGAUAUGAACAGGAUGUGGGGACCCGCACGUCCUUCUAUGGCUUCACUGCCUUCUCCCUGGUCCAGUCUAUCCUCAAUUUGGGUAGUCGAGGUUUCCAGCAUGUGCCUCUGGGGAAGGACAUCAGAUAUCUACACUUCCUGGAAGGCGCCCGGGACUAUGAGUGGCUAGAAGCUAUGUUUUUGAAUCAGACCAUGGCAAAAACCAAACUUUACUGGUUCAGGCAUAGACCUCAGGAAGCCUUCCGGGAUGCUUUGGACAUGGAUCGAUACUUGCUGCUGCACCCAGACUUUCUCCGUUACAUGAAGAACAGGUUUCUGAGGUCAAAGACCCUGGACUCUGUCCGCUGGAGAAUAUACCGCCCCACCACUGGGGCACUCCUGCUGCUUACAGCCCUUCAUCUCUGUGACAAGGUGAGCGCCUAUGGAUUCAUCACCGAGGGCCAUGAGCGUUUCUCUGACCACUACUAUGACAGAACGUGGAAGCGGCUCAUCUUUUACAUAAACCAUGACUUUACGUUAGAGAGAACAGUCUGGAAGCGUUUGCAUGAUGAAGGUAUCAUCUGGCUGUACCAGCGCCCACAAAGUGACAAAGCAAAGAACUGACCAGGGCCUAGAGUCAAGGGUUUCCCUCCAUCACUAUCAACACAGGAUGUAAGGGUUCCUCACACACUCCUUCCUCCCUGUUUUCCCUGAUUCAAAUCUCCUCCACACCCUUCCAGAG